AGUCUGCCGUGAGUUGCUAGCUGUAGGCUGUAGCAGAGUUUUGUUGGUUCUUCGAGCUCUAUCUAUGCGAUUCGAAGAAUGCUGUAGAUGCAAUGAAAAAUGGAUGUUGGUCACGCAUCCAGUGUAAAGCGUCCGCACGAUACUAUUCAUGACGGAUAUGAGCAUCCUGCCAAAAAGGUUGCUGGUCAUAAUGGAGAUUCAUCGACUGACUUUGUGACAAUUCCUCAGCGCCUUGUAAGCUCAGUAAUAGGGCGAAAUGGUGAAUUGCUGGCAAAAUUUGAAGCAGAGAGUGGUGCUUCCAUAUCCUGUCAGAAUCCGCCCUCGAACUCAACAGGGGAAGCUGACGGACAUAUCAAAAUAUCCGGAUCAUCUGCUCAGGUGAUACGAGCGAAGCAGCUGAUUACGAAAUUCAUUGGUGUACGUGCUGGUGGAGGUACCAGUGAAGCUGGAAUUGCUGGUGCUUUCCCGAAAGCAGUUCCAGGCGUUGGUUUGAUUCGGCCUAACAUAGUUGCUGGUUUAUUGGCUAAUGUUGGACUUGCUGGAAGGGGUCUGCAGAUGCUAGGGGUUCCAGCUGGAUUGGCUGGUCUUCAAGUUGCCCUAUCUGCUGCAAGAAAUUUGCCAGGUGCCCAAGGUGGUGAAGGUGGACAGCACCCGGGCCCUGGAUUUGCACAAGGGCAGGGCUUUAACCCAGCUGCAGCAGCGGGUGCGCCAUUGCCACCACUUCCGCCUGGUCAUGAUCGUUUUGAGAUGAUGGUGACAAAAAGCAGUGCUGGUCUGGUUAUUGGCAAGGGAGGUGACACAAUCAAGCGCCUUCAGGCGGAAACUGGAUGUCGUAUUCAACUUAUACAGGAUGGUGUGUAUGCCAAUGCAACGGAAAAGCCUCUUCGCCUCGAAGGUCCGAGAGAUGCAGUCCAACUGGCUCGUGCCAAGAUAUCCGAGAUCAUCUCCAAUGAUUCUCAGAAUAUUUCAGCAAUCAAUCCAGCAAAUAAGCUAGAAAUGCUAGUUCCCAGAGAGAGUGUUGGCUCAAUUAUUGGGAAAGGCGGUGAAACGAUAAAGCGGAUACAGGCCGAGACGGGUGUUAACAUUCAGUUUAAGCCUGAUGGAGAUGGGGAACUGCCGCCUCAGAGAGUUGCCAUUCUGAACGGCAUGCCAGAUUCUUUACCCAAGGCCAAGGCAAUGGUUGAAUCUAUUGUUGGUGAGCACGGUGGCUAUGAUGGCUCGGCAGCCACUGUGUCUGUUAGUGUUUCUGUGCCUCCUAAACAUACUGGUUUGAUCAUCGGCCGUGGUGGUGAGACUAUACGUCAGAUGCAGACUGAAUCCGGUGCGCAUAUCGAGCUAAUUCGUGAUGCAGUACAGGCGUCCGGUGACAAGGUUUUCUUAGUGCGUGGAACAGCAGAGCAGUGCAAAGCAGCAGAGGGAAUGAUUCGAAGUAAAUUUGAGCAAACAGCGUCUUCCAGUGGCAGCCACCACACAGCUGCACCCGAGGCAGCUCCCACUGCCACAGAUGACUCGACAGCUUCAUCUAUCCUUGCAAAUCUCAACACAGAGUCGCUUGUGAAAUAUAUCCAAACUGGCAAGUAUGAAGCACCAUCUCAGGCUACUCCCUCCGGGCAGAGUGAGGAGCAGCAGCUUGCACAGCUCCAGGCUGCAGGUCAGAUGUGGGCCAUGCAGAAUACGGCUGGCCAACAGCAGGAUGGAGCUGCUGCUGCUGCUGAUCCAAAUGCUGCUGCUUGGGCACAGUACUAUCAGCAGUACGCUCAACAGUAUCCACAGCAGUACGCUCAACAAUAUCCCCAACAGUAUGCGCAGCAGUAUGCUGCACCUGCAGCUUAUCCUGCUAACAUGCAACAGACACAACAGCCCAUGGCUCAGGGGCAAUAUCAGGCAGUCCCAUACAUGGGUCAAUAUGCACCGGCUGCUGUAACUCAAUAUCAGCCUGUUUCUGCUGCUUAUCCUGUGCCUAGUGCUCCUGCUGCUUCUGCACAACCUGCCAAUAUGCUCCAGCAGCAACAACAGCAGCAGCAGCAGCAGCAGCAAACACAGCCACAGCAGCAACCGCAGCCACAGCAACAACAGCCUGGUGUCAUGCCCACUGGCAUGGCUGGAUCAAUGCCUCCUGCUGGCCAAGCGCAUGCACCCGCUGCUGGCCAAUUUGCUACACAGUAUCAGUCAGCUGGGCCUGGCCAGCAGCAACCUGCUCCAGGGCAGCAACAACCUCCACCAGGACCUCCACAGCAACAGGCACCUUAUGGUGUGCCUUCGCAGCAGCAACCGCCACAAAACUAUCAUCAGCAAGCGCCGCCACAAGGCCCUGGCUCCUACUCGUCUGCACCUGCCGCAUACAAUGAUAACUCGUCAAAUCCACAAUACGUUGGUAGUGCUCCACCGCCAAUGGACAAUCAGCAGCAGCACCACCACCAGCCACCACACCAACCGCAGCAGCAGCAGCAACCACCUCCACGUAACUAUCGGCCACCUCUGCUCAGCCAGCCGCCUUCAGGACCAUACCAGCCUGGUGGUAAUCCGCAUCAUCCACCUGGACAACAUCACGUGCCUGCUCCAAGUGAUGACAAUGGCACAUACGCUCCUUCUUCGGACCAAUCUCGUUGGUCUGCGCAGCCUGCUUAUUAUGGCUAAGCGACUUGAACUGACUUACUGUUGUGUUCCACCUUGACUUACUAUGUUUUGGACACUGUCUUGUAUGCAACUGCUAUUGUAUUCCUGCUGUCGAUUUCCCGUGCUGUUCCACUUUAGACCACCAGAGCUGUUUGUUUUCCUUCUUUUUUUUAAAUUUGUUUUGGGUCGUGUCUUGUCCUUUUGCUUUAGUACAAUGUCGUGUACCAGUUGAAGCUGCAUCGUAUGGCAUGUCUUACCCUUUUGCUCUUUUUUUUACAAAGGGCUCUACCUUUCUGCUAUGCAUGAUGCUGAAGGCUCUGCUGCAUUGUACGAUGGCCGGUUUGUAGUAGAAAAGAGGUUUAGCAUCUUAAAUUCGCAUUCGAUACGAGUUCACAUAGUA